AUGAUAAUCGUGAAUGAUGAGGAGCUCCAGAGGACUAUAGAGGAAACAUCUUGCGCUAAAAAGAACGAGCUUAAAAACCUUGAUGCAGCAUAUAAAAGUGUGAUAAAAUACAACAAGUGGGUCAUUCCAAAGGAAGGAAUUAAGGCCAUCAAGUUUGACAGCACUCUGCUUAACAAGGUGUACAUAGGUAACAUUUCUGCGGCAAGAGAUUCUAUUCAAGGCCUUCUUUCUGUAUUUGGACCAGUGUCCGUGACAUGCAUAAGUAGUAAGGAUUGUGCAUUUGCAGACUUUGACAAUCCCCAUGCAGCCUAUCUGUGCAUGGAGGAAGUCAAUGGAAUGGUUUUUAAUGGAAAGACCUUGAAAGCAGGAAGAACAUCCACAUUUCCAUCUGAAAUCCCAAAGGACCUUGGGCCCCCCGAUGAAACCAUUGUUUAUGUAUCAAACAUAGACUUGGAUAUCGAAGAAGAGCAGCUAAAGGACAUUUUUGAGAAGAUGGGAAGAAUUAAGGAUGUGGGGCUUGUUUACGGGUCAUCCUUUGUGCACAAGGGAUAUGGAUAUGUACAGUUCUUGAGGCCUGUUGAUGCAAGGAGAGCCCUAGGAUACAGCAACAAGAUCAGCCUCUAUGGAAAGAAAAUAAGGAUAGGGCCUAGUGUCAUUAAGAUGGAGUUACCGAAAAGAAGCUAUCCCGCUAUUCCUGAGAAGGUAUUCGAAAUAAAGAAAAGGAUUGAGAAUGUUAUCUUUGGCAGGGGAAGAAUGGUUGUGCUGAGAAACUUGAUAGACAUAGACGAUGCAGAUGAAGAUUUUGACCAGGAGAUGGAGAGCGAGAUGAGGAAGUAUGGAAGUGUUGAUAGAUUUGGGAUAUGCAAGAAAGGAGAGGUGGCUGUAUAUUGCCUAUACUCGACAGAAGACGAGGCUAGGCACUCGUUCAACAUCCUCAAUGGGCGGUUUUUUGGAGGAAGAAGAAUUCGUGCAGAAAUGUCAUGUGGGGAGUUUCCUCUAUGA